AUGGCUUCUUCAAAGUUGUCAAAGCGUUCACCUGUGCUACCUUUUGAGUUAGUAGAAGAGAUACUUUACAGGAUUCCACACGGAUCUUUGGUACGAUUUAAAUCCAUAUGCAAACAAUGGUAUUCUCUUUUUAACGACAAGAGUUUCAUCUACAAACACUUGGAUCUCUCCCGGGAACAAUUCAUACAACUGGCGCAUCACAAUGAAUCAGUUAACCUCUUCAAUAUUGAGACCCAAGCUCGCUCACGUUUUCAAGGUACACCUGAAAUUCGUCGAAUGAUCCACUGCGACGGUUUAUUGCUAUGUCAGUGUAUUGAAGGAGGUACUAGUAAGCUUGUAAUUUGGAAUCCGGUUUUGAGGAGAUUCUAUUGGAUUGAACCCUCGAGACAAUUCGAAAGGUAUAGUAUCGUCUAUGGUUUUGGAUACAACAGUGUAUCUCGUGAAAACUACAAGAUCAUGAGGUUUAAUGUUAUGAAAAAUUCAGGUCUCGAGAUAUAUGAGUGCAAGUCUAAACUCUGGAGAAGUGUUGAUGCUGCUCUCGAUUCGUGUGUAAAGCUUUGGUUUCCUCAUUAUCAAUCUUUGUCGAUGAAUGGAAACAUGUACUGGAUUGCUCAUAGGAAGAAGGGUAAUUUGGAAACCGAAAUCUUCGUCCAAAGUCUUGAUUUCACUGCAGAGACAUUCAAAGACAUAGGCUGUGGUGUUCCCUUUGAAACUGAAUGUACCUCUCUGUGUUGUGCUAGUACAUUAGUCCUCUCAAGUUUUGGAGGAGAUAGGCUUUCUUUACUACAUCAGCAUAAACGUGUGAACAUUGAAUUGUGGACUACAAACAAGGUGACUGAUGAGGUUGUUUGUUGGAGUAAGUAUUUAAACGUUACUGGCCCUGACCUCCCGAUAUUACAUUCUGCGCCAUAUUACAAUUUCCCUACAUACUUCAUCGACCACAAGACCAGUACUAUCAUUGCAUGGUGCGGGGAAUUCAAUGCCACGAAGAACUAUAUUGACGUCGUCAUUUACGAAAUAAGUGAUGGUAAGAUUAAAAAACAAGUUGCGGAGGUAGCAGGGCAUAGUUUGGGUUAUGGUUGUCAUAACCUUUGCUAUGUAUAUGUUCCAAGUCUGGUUCGUCUUCCAGAAUAA